CGACAGUGACACCAGCAGCAACACCGCAAACCCAGUUUCCUUCUGUUCUGGCCCGUCGAUAGACAUGCCGACCCACCGUUGAUCCUCCAUGCCACUUGCACCCAUAAUGGCGGCACAGAUACCUAUUCACACCCUCGACCCCGAGUCGACGCCUCCUCCAGACAAGGCAAUCCGCGCUGUUGUUUCGCUGUUCUGGCCAUACAGCUCUUCGACGCAACAAUGCGCAUUGCUGCUGGCUGACCGAGACUUCCGGCUCAGAAGCCGCAAAGGACAAGUGCGCGUGAGAUUCACAGCAGCAAGCGCGCGACUCGUGGCGCAGGGCAAAGUAGGCAUAGGCGAUGAGGUCGUGCUUGAUCUGCGUGGCGCCCAAUGGGCUCAUGACAGCUCGAAAGUGAGCACGCCUGGCAAGAGCGUCGAAGGUGAGCUCGUGUACCGGGGCGAGUUGAGUAUGGAAAUCGCCAGGAAAGAUGGCAGCAAGGGCCAAGUCGUGCAGACACACAUCAGCGUGAAUGAGCCCACGCCACCGCCUGAAAUGGACGAGAAUGUUCUUGCGAGGCAGACACCCGCCAGAAGUGCGCGCGUGUCUAGCUUGAAAGAUAGCCUCAGUGGAGCAGACCUUGUGCCCAUUUACUCAAGUCCGGCUUUCGUCCGCCGGCAGCGACUUUCUGGUGAUAGCUUCCAGAAACGAGACGAAGUAUUCGAUCCCUUCGCCGAUAUUGACAGCGAGCUAGAGAAUGAGCAUCCACGCAAGAAGCAACGCAUCAGUGACGUGAGCUCUUGGAGACUCGCAGGCAGGUCGCCUUCUCCGGAGAAGCAAAUACCAGCGAGGAAUGUAAGCGAAAACAUUGAGAUGGACGCACCGGCAGCAUCUAGUACGCAAGAAGAAGCAAGCCAAAUCGCUUUUUCGGAGGACCCUCUAUCGGCCGAACGCCUACAACCAUCGAGGAAGAUUUGGGCUGCAUCAAGCUACCCAGAUGUAUACCCGGACUACGUCGCAACCCCCUCUGAUACCGAAGAGGACGAAGAGAUGCAGCAGAUGUACACACAGCAGGUCCAAAGCCUUGCUAAUGAGCGCCUCGAGCGUGAAGGUGUCAAAGUUUGGGACUGGGCCCCCCAGCCGGAUGCAGCUCAGGUAACUGAAGAUAUGAGCGAGCCAGGCACAACUCCAGAUGCAGGGUACUUUGACGAGAACGAGGAAAGCGACGAGGAUGAUGAAAUGCUUAGCAUGCAAGGGGAGGAAGCGGACGACAAUGAAAUGGCCGUGGAGCAGCUCACUAGCCCAGCCUCAGCCACCAUCUCCAGUGUAUCUCCUCCAAACAGAGCUACAACGAACACCGGCGAAGUCACGAUAGACGUGGGGCGUCGAUCACCUCCGCCACCAUCCACACUGACUGGCACGGCGAGUGGAUUACCUCCUCCACCGUCAACAGCAACUGCAGUAGCGACUGAAUCACCUCCGCUACAAUCAACAGUAACUGCUAUAGCGAGUCGAUCAUCUCCGCCACCGUCAACAGUAACUGACAAAGCGAUUCGAUCACCUCCGUCAUCAAAAAAACCAAGUGGCGCUGCAGACGAGCCUUCCCAGGUUCUUUCUUCAAAAGCACCGGCAAAGACGUUGCAGAGCCUCUUUGGCUUCAGCUAUGGUUCGGAAGGCACCAACGAAACACCGCCUCCGGCUAUCAAGCUCCCGUCUCAAUCUGAGAAAGACAGUGUCAUGAAAAGGACAUAUAGCAGCUUGUUUGGAUUUAAGGCGUCGCCCUCGCCGGAGAAGGAGAGAAGCCCUACCCGUGUACCUGACGAGCCAACGACAUUCGGCAGGAUAGAACUCACGGAGAGUGUGCCCACCUCCGACAUUGUCGAACAUGUCGCGGAGGAAGGGUCACAACCAGAAAUCUCAGCCAACCCAAGCACUGCGUCCCGCCCUUCACAAGUUGAAGUCAUCGACCUUGGUUCAAGCGACGACUCGAGCGCUGCGGCAAGUGAUGUGGGCGAUGAGCAUGAUGAGAGGGCCGAUACAGACGAUCAUGGAGAAGGUGAGCAUGGAGCCCAAGAUCCACGAUCUGACAUCAUGCCACUUCUGUCCCAACCGCCGCGAGCUGCCCAAGCCUACUUGCAAGAGCUUAUGGUCGAUGAUGAUAUGAUCGGCUCUCGAUCAUACAGUCCCACAGAAGUUGCCUCUUCCCCGUGCGCAGCAGAUGCUGCUGAUGUCGACAUGCAAGAUAUUGUCCCUAACGAAACUGACGCUACUGAAACCCUGCCGAAUGCACUUCAGGCGGUUGGAGACGAGUCGCACGUCUCAGAUAUAGGACCCGAAAGCGUCUUUGAGAAUGCGAUUGAAGCCAGUGCUAUCGAGACACCCGCCAUCGCACCUCCAGAUUUGCAGGGCCAGGGUCGGAUGAGUGAAGCACCUUCGACUCAGUCGAAGAACAUUGCUGACCUUUAUCACUACUUCUCAUUCCAGACCACCGCGUCCGACGAUGAAUCUUCAGCUGACGAGGAAGUUGACCCCGAUCCGCUGGAGCGUACAUCGCGAUCGAAAGAUGUUGUGAAUUCGAGGAGUGCUGCAAAUGAGGAGGUCGUUGGCCAAACGGGAAAUACUGCUCGAGGAGAGGUGGGGGCAGUCUCUGCACCACCGCCAACCGAAGCAAUCCCCAAGACAGGCACUGUUCACUCUGGAGCGGGAAUGACCCCGUCGAGCGAGCAAGUAGCGGUACAUGAGUCUCAGAGUGAGAAGUUUGAUGCUGAGUCGCAAGUACUGGUCAGCUCAGCUGUGCAGGAAAUUUCGUCGGGCGACUCGACGAUUCUUAACCACACACCUUCUGCCGCUCCAAUGCCGGACUCCGCAAACAUCGAAAUGUAUGAAGGACCAGUGGUGCAAGUGGCAGCUUCGUCGUUUGUCGAAGAUAGUAUGGACCCAGCACGACAGCCCGAGGAAGAAGCUCAACUGUCACAUCAGUCAACUGGCCUGGAAACACAGCGUUCCAUGAAUUCACAACAAGUCGAGGCGCAGUUGCCUGCUGGAGCGCCAGGUCACCUGAUUUUGCCGCCAAGUACCGAGCCCACAGGCGAAGGCCUUGAAGUGGUGUUAGAUGUGCCAGCAAAGGAGCUAACAUCUACCGCUCCCUCUACGCGUAAGCAUAAGCGCAACGCUUCGUCCAAAGACAGCAGCGUGCCUCUAAGGAGGUCGCCGCGCAAGGCUGAUAUGCCGAGCCAAUCUCAAGACCAAGGUCAAAGAUCGACGGCGCGACAGACACGAAGUCAACGUGCUGCUUCAUCUGCAAGUUCUCAAGUUGGUGCCACUCGCGCGACACUGAGUCAGCGUAAUGAGACUCCAGAGAGUGAUGGCCGAGCCACCACUUCCUUCAAUAGCACGCUUCUUACUCCGGAAGCCGCGAAGCCGCUACGGAGGUCACCCAGAAAGUCACAAUCCCAAGCAGAAUCCAUCGAAAGUAUGCCAGAACCAGCAGAAGAAGAACCCAACAAGCGAACUAAGCCAUCCCAGAGCACAGCGCAAAAGUCAACACCAAAGACACAGGAACACAAGCGAAAGAGGAGCAAUGAGACAGAUAUCAGUCCACCGCCUAAGCGCGCUGCUGCCUCGGGGAAUUCGUCUUCGGAUGGCACGCGUUCGGAGCAGCAGGCAGCAAUCGAGCGGGAUUCAGUCUCAGCUGAAGAUGUAUCUAGCAGGAAGUCGUCCUUCACCUCACGCUUCGGUCAUGUGCCAGAAGUGAUCUCAACCUGGUUCUCGCCACGACGAUCGACGAGAUCAAUUCCUGAGGAAGACAAGACCAAACUGAAGGAUGCUGGUGCUGCUGCUGCUGCUGCUGCUGAUGAUGAUGAUGAGAAAGCCGAGCUUCUGCAAAGGACGUCCUCGAACGGUAUCAUCACCUCGUCUGCGUACUACACACCUCUAUCGAAUCUCCACGAGAAGCUCAAUCCUUCGAGCCAACCGGGAGUCGACAGCACCAUUGAUGUGCUUGCUGUUGUGACGGACGAUACGAAAGGCCCAGAGCGUGCGAAAGGUGGACCACGAGACUACUUCACAAUUUUCAAGAUUGUCGACUCGUCCUCGUUCGCUUCCCAGGCGUUUACCACCGUUGAGGUAUUUCGUCCGUGGCGUGCCACUCUGCCGGUUGCUCAAGUCGGCGACAUUGUCCUUUUACGCAGCUUUGCUGUCAAGUCGCGCAAGCGCCAGCCCUAUCUCCUGUCUACGGAUGCGAGCGCAUGGACCGUGUGGCGCUUUGGCGAGAGCGAAACGGCAAAGCGACCAGGGAGCGCGGGCAGUGCACGAAGAACGUCGCGCCGAAGCAGCGUGAUUGAUGUCGGAGCCCGAGAAGAAACCAAGGGUCCGCCUGUGGAGUUGGGAGAAGGGGAGCGACAGCAUGUCAAGGAGCUUCGGGCGUGGUGGCUGGCCGUGUCGGGUGCAGAGAAAGAAGGGUGAAGUCUACCUGUAGGUAGCCUUUCUAGUACUGUACAGUGGAAUUGUCCAGUCUGGGCGAGACUUUGUACGCUGAGGUGGAAGGUGCGAUGCUGUCGGGUCGAGCAGUGGGAUAGGU